AUGUGGGCAUUUAUAACGGCUGUAUCUUAUUUAGUAACAACAGCAAAUUCUAUACACGUAUUUUCAGGACAGAAAAGAUAUAACUCAAUAUUUAGACCUGAAAGUAUUAUAUUUAAAUCAAAUUACACAAUUACAAAACUCUUAGUACCUGCGGAUGGCGGAUCUUACAUCGAUCACACUGAUAUACCAACCAUUUUCUUUACCGUGUACGAUCGAAAUAUAGAUGGAGAACAUUGUAUAUACGUGCUGGAAGACUUUGCUGCAUAUGAGAUCCUUGAAGGAGGCAGAGAUUCAACUUCGGAUUAUGGACUUGAUAAAACAGUAUAUUUUGGUGCGAAAGACGGAGUUUAUAAGUAUGAUCCAGAAACGUUAUCGGCUAAGAAAUUUGGCGAAUUCCAUGAUGAUAUUAUUCAGAUUCAAAAGGCAAAUGGAUCAGAUCUAAUCUACUUUCUAACAUCGCAAUACAAAUUGUAUAAACUAGAAAAUAAUGGUACUAAAAAAACAAAAGUAAAUUCUAUACUUUGUGCUUUAGAAUUUGUAUUAGAUACUUCUAACAAUAUCUAUUAUUUAUCUUGCGAUGAUCGUAUGCCACGAAUUGUACAAAGUGAUGGAAAUUUACAAUCAUAUCUUUCUAGUGUAACCGAAGACUUACAAAGUGUGAAAUUUAUACGACCUGCUUUUAUAAUGGAUAAUGGUGUUCCAUUUUUUGGCGAUGGAACAUUGUAUAUGUUGUAUUCUAAUGGGACAUCUAUAAAAAAAGAUUUUUAUAUAAAAGAAACACCUACGGCUUUUAGUAUUGAUGCCGCUUUAUAUUUUGUAGCUGCUAUUGACGGAAAAAUUUAUGAGUUUAAUGUAAUGGAAGUUCUUUUAAGAAAUAUGUUUGGGGUUUCUCUUCAAUGGCCAUCAGACCUAACCAAAAUUAUCAUGUCGGUUAUAGAUACAACUAAAGAGGCCUCUCAUUAA